GCAAUUCCAACUUAUUUCCAAUUGGAGCCGAAGAUCCCUCACGUCACAAGCCUAUAAAUGGAGCACAAGGUGUGUCAUUUUAAGGCCCUCAACGGGGACGUCCUAGCAGAUAUCAUUGGUCGAUUUGAUGGUUCAACUUUGGCUGCUGCUGCCUGCACCUGCUCUGACCUGCGUGAUAUAGCUCGAGACCAAAGCUUAUGGCGACAGUUGUGUCAAUCCACCUGGCCCUCUACUGCACUUGAGGAGGCACAACAUAUUCUUUCAUCUUCACCCAUUGGUAGCUUCCACAAGUUCUAUGCCAACUCUUACCCAUUGCUGUUACAUGGCGAAUGCGUCAAAUCUCAAGAACCACAAACCCAUGUCUCCGCUUCUCAAUUUGCUUCGCUAGUGGAUCUUUACUACAGGAAAGAAUGUGUUCUGUCUAAAGUAUUAGAUGGCAUACCCCAAGCAGUGGAGGACGACUCUAGUAGAUGGAACUCAAAUUUCCCAUUUAAACUAGAGCUAUUGAGCCUUGACUAUGAUGAAGAAACAGGUUUUGACAAUGAACUCGGCUAUGCCUACAUCGAUGACGAUGAAGAAAGAAGAGCUCCUCCAUCCGUAUCAGUCGCAGAAGAAGGAAAGGAGCUGGAGCAAGAACUCAGGUUAAGUUGGGUGCUGCUGGACAAGAAAAACGGCAAAGCUGUCAAUCUCUCAAGCUGGAAGCCAAUGUUGGUACAGAGGAGAUGGCCUUUGAGUGGGGAGUAUGUGAUUCAUUUUGGAAGCAUUGUACAAGUGGAUGAGGGCUUGUUGUCUCACAAGUUGGCCAUGUGCAAAAUAGUAAUUAGAUGCAAGUUGACAGAAAGUGGAGGGUGUCCAAAGUGGAGGGAAAUUAGCAUGCAUAUCGAGGACCUGAUGGGUGUAAUUGUUGGUGGGAGUAAGAGUUUGAUGGUUCUGAAUCACGCCCUAGACUGCUUGCGGAGUACUAAUCACCAUGAAGUCAAACAGGGUUUUCGUCAAUAUGAGAAGCAGAAGAGAGAGAUGAUGAGGAAAAAGGAGUUGAUGGAAGCUUUAAUUGAAGGAUUCAGUGUAUCAAUUGAAGUGGCCAUUUUUGUAACUAUUUGUUAUAUUUAUUUGUUUCUCUAGCACUUCACCAUCAAAUCC